AUGUCUGCAUUCUGCCUGACCUGGUUCCUCAGUAGAUACAUUCUUUCGGGCGUGGCUUGCUCACCUAUGCAGAUGGAGAAGAAUGAAGUCAAGGUGGCUGCUCGACGGAGGCCUGCAAUUUGCGACAAAUUUUUCAGCACACUGUACGCAUUUGAAUUCUCACCAUCUAGCCAAUAUCCACCUAUAUUCAGAUAUCGCGGGGCAGACGGGACCGGGAACUUGAACAGGGGCUGUUAUACAUCUUCCGUUGUACACCGCAGUGUCUUCUCCGAGUCGGUUGAAAUGUUCGCUAUGCUCCAGGUUGAUACACCAUCUGAGCAGCCCAUUGUGGCACUUGUUCGUGGUCAUACGAAGGCAAAAUAUGAGCGACCCGGUGAAGGGGAAGUUGUGGAAAUCGUACAUGCUCAUUAUACUGGUGCUAUAGAUAAAUAUAUGUGCGUUUACCAGAAUAUUCCAGUCUCGAAUGUAUCUCCUGUACCCGCAUCUGAGAUAUCAAAGUAG